AUAGGAGCAGCUUAGAUCGCAAGAUGUUACUUAAAGUUUUAUUGGUAUCCGCUGCCUUCGCGGUUUGUAACGGAGAGAUUGAAGUGGACCCAGCAGCAGCCAAACAAGGGAGUCUCAAUUUUUACAUAGGCUUUACAAGGGAGGAGAGCCGCGACGGAAUCAUUUUCGACAGUACCGUGGACUCAAUUGAAACAGUGGGUUUUAAUUCAACUUUAACGACAACUAUCAUUGUUCACGGUCAUCAAGGAACAGCAUACACUUCGCUUAACCCUACUGUUAAAGAUUCAUUACUCAUAUCCGAAGAAGCAAAUGUAAUCAUCGUCGACUGGUCGCAGUACUCUCUACAGAGCUACACAAACGCUGUAUCAGCUGUACCCAGUGUUGGCACAUACUUGGCAGCUCUCAUUGAACAACUUGUUAUAGCUGGCGUCGCUACAUUGGACUCUGUUCAUAUAGUUGGAUUUAAUUUGGGAGCUCAUGUAGCAGGGUACGCUGGAAGGACUCUUAACGGAGAAGUGGCGAGAAUCACUGGACUAGACCCAUCUGGCAAUCAAUGGGGAACGAACUCUCAACGCUUAAGAUCAUCUGAUGCAAAGUAUGUUGAAGUAAUUCAUACUGAUGGAAGUGGUCUGUUCGCCAAUGGUAUCGGAACUCCUCUGGGACAUGUAGAUUUCUUCCCCAAUGGUGGGCAGAGUCAGCCUGGGUGUCUGCUAUCAAGUGAUUGCAGUCAUAACCGUGCCUGGGAACUCUUCGCUGCAACUCUACAAUUUGACCACCUACUGGCCAAUCAAUGUACAUCUUUAAAUGAAAUGUGGUGGAACAAAUGUAGAGGAUUCACAAUGCCAAUGGGAAAAAAUACUUUAUCGAAGCUUGGGAGCGGUAUCUACCGCGUCAACACAGGAAGAACAUACCCGUAUUAAAUUGUUAAUUGCAGUGCUGUACAUGAUUUUCUGUUUUGUUUUCACAUAUACAUCUGAAAAUUGGUAUACGAAAUCAUAAGGAAUAUAUUAUGUUUUUAAAGUGAUAACCCUCACUUCUAGGAUUAAAACACAAAUAAAAUUUGAAAAACAAAAUUUUAUGAACGAUGCGGGAUUCGAACCCACGACCUCUGGCGUUCCGUGCCGGUGCUCUAACCAACUGAGCUAACCGUUCGAGUGACGUAUCGUCAUAAAAUCUUGUAUGCUUUGUUCAACUCUCAGGUUGUGGCUUCAUCUACAGGAUCUACUUUACAGUUGAUAACCUGCUCAACCCUAAUAUUUGGAUAUUAGGAAUUAUCCCGCAUCGUUCAUAAAAUUUUGUUUUUCAAAUUUUAUUUGUAUACGAAAUCAUAUUAAUUUAAUAAGUUUGAUAAGGAUUAUCCUCUUAUAUUAUUGUAAAAUUUAAAACAUUUUGUAAAUAAACUAUUUAUAUAUUUA